AUGAAAACCUUCGUCCUCUUGGUUGCCCUGUUCGCUGUCGCCAGCGCCGAAUGGAUCGAUAUCGAUUGGUCCAAGGUGCGCCGGAUCGAGGAGUUCGAUCACUACUGGGAACGUUUGCCGGCGGAGAUGCAAAUCUACCGUAAGGCUCUCCCGUCGCACCGUGUCGUCGGUGGACAGGAGGCGACUCCCGGCCAAUUCCCGUACCAGAUUGCUCUCAUCAGCGAGUUCAUCAUUUCAUCUGGGCUGUGCGGAGGUUCCGUCUUGACCAACAACUUCAUCCUGACCGCUGCUCACUGCGUUGUGACUACUGGUAGCAUUCAAGCCACUGGUGGUACCGCAAUCAUCGGUGCUCACAACCGUAUCAAUCAGGAGCCUACGCAGCAGCGCAUCCGCUUCUCCGGUCCUGGUGUGUUCCCGCAUCCGCAGUACUCGAGCGCAACCAUCCGCAACGAUAUCGCCGUAGUUCGCCUAGACACGCCGAUCACCUUCAAUGACCGUGUGCAACCUGUUCGCCUGCCCGGUCGCUCGGACACCCGCCAGUUCGGAGGACUCAUUGGCACCGUGUCCGGAUUCGGACGUACCUCGGAUGCUAGCAACGAUGUCUCGCCCGUUGUGAUGUUCACCACCAACCCAGUCAUGACGAAUGCUGACUGCAUUGCUCAGUGGAACGCAAUUCUGAUUCAGGACCAGAACGUCUGCCUGAGCGGUGACGGCGGACGCUCUGCCUGCAACGGUGACUCCGGUGGUCCGCUGGCCGUCCAGGACGGUGGUGCCAGCCUUCAGAUCGGUGUUGUGUCCUUCGGAUCGGCUGCCGGAUGUGCCGCCGGUAUGCCAUCGGUGUACGCCCGUGUGUCUCAUUUCCUUGCAUGGAUUGAGGCCACUUCCGACUUUGUUGCCAGUCCUUAA